UACAUAAUAAACAAUAUGCUGAAGAAUAGUUACCUUGUGAAAAAGAUGCUUUAAUGUCCUCCUUUGGUUCCUCCUCUUAAAGAUCCAAAGAGGUGCAGUCUGCAGGGUUCGGUAUCGGAUGAAACCAAAGCGGGACUUUCCACGACGUGCGCACGUCCUUCAUCCAGUCCCACGUCCAGUCGUUCGGCGGUACCGCUCCGCGUCCUAGCCGUCGUCGCUGCAGGUCCAAACUGGCGGAACGGAUGCUGGAGCGCGCCUUCCACGACCACAAGAGAGCUCGUCUGACGUCACAGGCAGGAGUGCACCACCAAUCGGGAAGCGAGGAUGCAGGAGCUAAAGCUCCCAUUGCCGCCCUUGAAGACUGACCCAGGAGGACCUUUGGGAUUCCAACUUGCAGCUCUCCAAGAAGAUCCGCUUCGGUCCAAGGAGCCAGGAUGCAGACGCUGCUGAUAAAGGUCUUCUGCGCCACGAUGCUGGUCCUGGUCGUGGUGCCCUGCGUGCGCUCACAACCAGACUGUUCUCAAGCCCAAUCAUGUGACCUGUGCGUGGGCGACUCCAUGCUCAACCUGACUGGCUGCGUCUGGAGGCUUUGUCCUGAUGGUAACGACACGGGCAUGUGCGUGUACGACGAGGGCAACGUUGCGGACAGUGCUGGGAACUGCAGCUGGACUCGAGUGUCGGAGCUGUGCACAGUGGUGGAGAUGGUGGCUGAAGGAGGAGGUGACUCAGGUGAUGGCGGGAAGGCCGAGGCCACGCCGCGACUUUCUCAGCCCAAGUUCAACAUGUCCAGCUUCAUCGGGGGCGUGGUGCUCGUGCUGUGUCUGCAAGCGGCCGGCGUCUUCGCCAUGCGCUUCCUCAAAUCCAAGGAGCAGAGAACCUACGACCCCAUAGAGCAGCCUCAGUGAAAUGAAGGACAAAGCCCGCGAGGAUGAAGGACGUCACACAGGAAUGACUCAUGAAAUUGUGAUGACAAGCCACGGCCCUCUUCUGAUCACCCCCCCACCCCACCCCCCACCCCCAGUCUCCAAAUACUACAUUAUGUAACGAGUGCAACUGUUGCUGUUUAUAUUUGAGAUUUUGUCAUUUAACCCAAACUGUCUUGCACUACUUUUCUGAUGUGAUGACUUAUUUUUAUGAGGCUUUAUUGGCUCCAUGCUGUGACUGACGCGCGCUAGCACUGCACGUUUGGACUGAUUGGAUGUUUAUUUGAAAUAUGUUUGCUUUGUGUUGCUCACUCUUACCGAUAUGAACUGUACUCCACACUGACAAUAACAUUCUUUUGAU